AUGAUCUCGUGGUCAGUAAUUCUUAACUUUCGUGUUCUGAUCGACAACCUGGCGCCAUUUCUUCAUCUCAGUACUUCCUGGAUUGAAUGGUUAGAAUGGUUUGAAUGCAUCACGGAGUAUUUUCACAAAUGGAAGCGCUCCUUACGACUUGACUUCUUGGACAAACUCAUAUCCGACAAAGGAGAUGAAAUCUGGAAUGCUGCUAUUUGGCAUGAUGAUGGAGAAGUCGCAAGGCUCCUCGCAGAAUUUGAAGAAAACAUCUAUUUGAGCAAUGAAACGAGAGAUCCCGAGAUGAAUAGGGUUGAAGGAUUCAGCCCCAAAUUCGUAAUUGCUAAAGUUGUCGCAGAACUUUACCAAGGUUACGCCAAUAACACAAUAGUCGCCUCUACUAUGGCAAAGUUGCGUAUGAAGGCUAUUGCGGAUCGGUUAGCAAAGACAUCCCGACGAAUUACUCAGAAGGAAUGGCAGCAGUUACAGUGCGUCGCGCGUGGUGAAGUCUCAAUUCUAUGGAUUGUUAUCACUCGGAAUCACUUAUUGGACGUCAAAUACCUAUUGAAAAACAACGAUAUCGAUCUGCGAAGUAGAAACGGGGUCAACCAAGAAACAGUACUCCUUCGGGCAGUUUCGCAAAACAACGAGCAUAUUAUCCGUUCUAUCCUCGAAACCAACUCGUCAGUGCCACCCUUGCGCUACAUUGACAUUGGUAAUCAGCGGUCACAAACUCCAUUACAUAUUUCAAUCGAGGCCUAUCUACAGGGCCCCCAACAACAUGACUCUGAGGAGUCUCAUACUAUCCUCAGAAUCUGCACCUUGCUAUUGGAGCAUGGUGCCAAUGUCAACGCGCUGGACGACCGAUUUCAAACACCACUUCACCUACUUUUGGGUUCAAGAGAGAGUGACGUUCCCAUCGGCCCCUUGCUACAGAUACUUCUCUCAGAUGAAGCCGAGAUUAAUAUCAAAGACAUCAGAGGCAAUUCACCUCUUCACCUCGCUUGCAAGAAACAAGAUCGUCAGGCCAUGAAGAUGUUGGUCGAGAAAGGUGCUGAUUUAGAAACCUUUAACCGUGACGGGUACACACCCAGGGAAUAUCUGAUGACAUCAGAAGAUGAUGAAGAGUUUUGGAUGGACCUGAAAAUAUUGACCAUGACCAGUACAGCCAAGCUUGAAAAAGAUACGAAAAUCCCACAGAGGGACGGUAGGAUCUCUGAUAGACGUAUGUGGAUUUGCCGAAAGUCUCCAGUCUAUUGCAGAAUCCAAAAGAGUAUACAGGUCACAAACAGAAAUAUUCAGAUACCUGUAUUUUGGGUUGGAACAGGUCGGUACGUAUCCGACGUCCUGUAUCCAUCUGAUCAGGGUCAAAAUGUCACGUUCCUAGAAUAUUGCGAAAGGGAGUAUGAACAUGUUUGGCAAGCCGUUCAAAAACGCCUAGGAAUGCCCUCUGAGUCAACUGAGGACGCAACUCGCGAAAAGGGACAGGUCAAUGAUGACAGAUGGAGGUGGGUUAACUUCAAUGCCAAUAAUAUGACAUGGAUCAAGGUUAGUGACUUGAAGUCAAGAAAAUGCGGUUCUGGCGAUUUCAUUUUGGACCACACCGAAGAGUUAACAGACCUUCAUACAAAGAGUGAAAUCUGGGAGUUUUUCCGAAGUAACAUCAGACUUCGUGACGGAAAGGAAAGAGACUAUCGCAUAAGAGCUCCUCAUGCCCAGAAGAUCGAUAUCGAAACCUCAAAGUCGCGCGACAAGGAUAUACCAGAAGCUGGAUCAAUGGUGUCUAUUGUGAUGACAGAUUAUCUUUUCGAAGAGAAGCGGGUCGGAGAAGCGUAUCUUCCUUUUACAGGGAUGGAUGGAGUUCAGAUGCCUCAAACUCUGGACCAGACAUUCAACAGCGCGGAGGGCCUGUCAGGACUUCGAUCGAAAGAGAACCAAGUGAUUUACAGAUGGUCUGGAAAAGGGUCAUCGGCACGUCAUGGACAGGGUUUGGGCAAGCACAAACCUUUACAGCCUCCGCGUGGCAGUCUUGGCUCUCGUUUUAAAGAUUGGCUGGGAUAUCACGUUAAAGAGGAACCUGAUCCAGAUGGCGCUGCUUUGGACUAUAUUGAAGAAAUAAUGAAACAUGAGGGUAUGGGUAAUGCAACUAGAAUGCGGAGUAUCAAGCAGGAAGGCAGCCCGAAAUGGCUGAUGGUGCGACAGCUCUGGUUAUGGAAACUACACGAUGGUACCAUUCUUACUGCAAUACCGUCUCGAGAAAACAUGGGCAUGGCAGAUGAUUUGUUGGAAACUAUCCGACACAGCGAGCUGGAUGAGUUAUGUACCGCGGAUGACCUUGUCAAGCACAUUGUGCAGCAAACAGUCACGUUUCCAGAAAAGUUCAGGCUGGCUGGGCUUGGAGAACACAUUCUUGAUAUCUUCGAAAACGAACUUGCUUCUGAGAUGGACCGAGAAGCUGGUUUUUUCAACAGUUUCACCCGAAAAGACUGGAAUUCUAGAUUUGCCAACAAAGCCAUCAGUGAAGCGGCAGGAUGUACCUGGCGUGUCAAAGAUAUUCGCGGAGAGCUUCGCCUCAUCGACAAAGUCUUUACGCAACAGUUAGAUGUUCUCAAAGAAUUCGCCGCGGUUGUUGAGACUGACAAGGGCAUGUCACUUGAAGAGCAAGAAGCUACUCUGAUUCGAGAAUCUGGCUUGGAAGUCUUGAGAGAACGAAUCCGACGGAUAGACGAAGAUGCUGCCACGACAAUUGAUGGUCUCAGCAACAUCACUCAGGCAAUGCUAGCCCAGGCGUCACUCAAAGAGGCUGAGUCGGCGCGUUUGAUGAACUUCAUCAUUCUUCCAUUUACAGUUGUAACUGUCAUAUUUACACCCCUGUCAUUCAUGACAAGUCUCUUUGCUGUGAACUCGGACGGGUUCCCACACAACGAUGAAGGAGAACUCAGGAUACCUUCAAAUUGGCUUCGCGACAAGAUGAUCAUUGGCGAAAUCGGAACCUUGAUUCCUCUUUUAAUCAUUAUCGUGUCCAUUUCUUAUUUGAGGACUGGCACAAGACGUACACCGAAAUAA